CGCUGCUGCUAUCACCACGAGUCGUGCGGCCCUGCUAUUUAACACCAGCAGACCCCCUGCCCAGUUACCACUCGUGUCCCGCGUCUGUUUCCCCUACCUACACACUAUUGUACCUCUCCUCAAUAACAGUACAAGAAACCAAACCACCUCCAUCAGGCUCCCGCAAUGGACUUCAUCAAGAGCCUUAGCGGCGACGACAGCAAGGAGGCCCAGCAGAAGCCGCACGCCGAGCAGUCGACCAAGCCUGUGGAGCAACAAGGCAAUGGCCUCAUGGACAAGCUCAGUAGCCUUGCGGGUGGCCAGAAAGAGUCUCAGCCACAAAAGGACGAGAGCUCGGGUGGCUUCAUGGAUAAGGUCAACUCCAUAGCCGGUGGAGGCAAGAAGAGCGAGAAGAACGAGGAUGCGCUCGACAAGGGCGUAGACUGGGUUCAGGAGCAUGUCCUCGGACAAGGCCCGCAAAACAACGAGGGCGCCUUCGAGCAGGCCAAAGACGAGCAGAUCUCGGAUUACAUCCGCAAGCAAUACAAGAACACCACCGGAUCCGACUUCCCGGUCCAGGACAAAUAGGCGGCCCCUGGGGACGUGGGUGCGCCAUGUGGGAGGGGACUGGAGAAUGAAGACCACGGCUGCAGAAUGAAUGAACGAAUUAUGUGUCCUAUACUUAUAGUCGGACGUGCAAAAUAUCAUUUUAAUCGCACCAUCACCAGCUGCCAAG